AUCAUCUGCAGCCAGUGAUCAGCUGAUGCUCCUCCUCCCUGGUCCAUCAGUGAUGCUCUGCAGCCUCUGGUCAUGUGAUGCUCUGCAGACAAUGAUCAGCUGAUGCUCUGCCCAGUCCUCCUCCUGGUGCCUCCCGAAGCCCCAAUCUGCUCGGACGAUCCCCAGCAGCAUCAAUCCCGGAUGGCUUCUCCGUCCUCCUCCUCCUCCCCUCCCCCGGGCGGGCCCCUGAUGGAGGAGGGCGGGGCCCCUCUCACCUGUGUCAGGUACACUCAGCCACCCGCUGGGCCCCUCCCCCCUCCGGAGACUCGCAUCGCUCCGGGGGCCACCAUGGGGGCCACACGCUUCUCCCGGCUGCUGAGCAACCUGCGGAGGCUUCCAAUCCGAUACCAACUACUGGGGGGCCCCGAGCUCAAAGACGAGGCGGACGACCAGUGUGAGCUGAAGUCGGUGGAACAUGGCGAUGAUGUUGUACCGUUGACAGCGAAGGAAGCGAGCCGUCUGAGCGAGGAGGAAGUGAUCAAAUAUUUACAUGCGGACGUGAACACUGGACUGUCUGAGUGCGCAGUUCUCCAGCGGCGGGUGAAGCAUGGCUGGAAUGAAUUUCAAGUGGACAGCGCCGAUCCCGUGUGGAAGAAAUACCUGGGACAGUUUACGAAUCCGCUCAUCCUGUUGUUGCUUGGCUCCGCCCUGGUCAGCGUCAUCACAAAGGAGUAUGAGGAUGCAGUUAGCAUCACAGUGGCCAUUCUCAUCGUCGUGACCGUGGCCUUUGUGCAGGAAUAUCGCUCGGAAAAGUCUCUGGAAGAGUUAAACAAGUUGGUUCCCCCAGAAUGCAACUGCAUUCGCGAUGGCAAGUUGCAGCACCUGCUGGCACGGGAGCUGGUCCCCGGGGAUGUGGUCUGUCUUUCGGUCGGCGACCGGGUUCCUGCAGAUAUCAGACUGACAGAGACAACGGAUAUGUUGGUGGAUGAAUCCAGUUUCACAGGCGAGACAGAGCCAUGCAGUAAGAUCCAUGGGUCGGUGGAUGAAGCCAAUGGAUUGGCAACACUCAGCAACAUCGUAUUCAUGGGGACACUCGUUCGAUAUGGCAAAGGAAAGGGUCUGGUCACCAGUGUUGGAGAAAAGUCACAGUUUGGUGAAGUUUUCAAGAUGAUGCAAGCAGAAGAGACCCCAAAGACCCCUCUACAGAAGAGUAUGGACAAGCUGGGGAAGCAGCUCUCUCUUUUCUCCUUUGGGAUUAUAGGAUUGAUCAUGCUGAUUGGUUGGUUGCAGGGAAAGCCUCUCCUCAGUAUGUUCACAAUUGGUGUCAGUUUGGCAGUGGCUGCCAUUCCUGAAGGUCUGCCCAUUGUUGUCACCGUAACGCUGGCACUUGGUGUGAUGAGGAUGGCCAAAAAGAGAGUCAUUGUGAAGAAGCUGCCGAUUGUGGAGACUCUAGGUUGCUGUAAUGUCAUCUGCUCAGAUAAGACUGGAACACUUACUGCAAACGAGAUGACUGCCACCAAACUAGUCACCUCCGAUGGCUUACAUGCAGAGAUCACCGGCAUUGGUUAUGACGAAAAGGGAACUGUGAACUUGCUGCCUACCAAUGAAGAGUUGCGGGACUUCUCCAACAUAUCCGUAGGAAAAUUAGUAGAGGCUGGAUGUGUCGCCAACAACGCCAUCAUUCGCAAUGGCACCUUGAUGGGACAGCCAACAGAGGGCGCCCUGCUCGUCCUGGCAAUGAAGAUGGGUAUGGGGAAUUUCAAAGAGAAUUACAUUCGGAAGAAGGAAAUCCCAUUCAGCUCAGAGCAGAAGUGGAUGGCGGUGAAAUGUACAGACAAAAUCGAGAAUCAGGAGGAUGUGUACUUCAUGAAGGGGGCCUUCGAGGAGGUGAUUCAGUACUGCACGACGUAUAACAGCAGUGGGAUGACAAUGACGCUCACACCGCAGCAGAAAUCGUUCUACAUUCAGGAGGAGAAGAACAUGGGAAGCCAAGGGCUGAGAGUGCUGGCGCUGGCUUCUGGAUCCGAGUUGGGGAUGCUGACGUUCCUGGGGCUGGUCGGAAUUAUUGACCCCCCGAGAAGUGGGGUGAGCGAAGCGGUGCAGAUCCUGCUGGAGUCCGGGGUGUCCGUCAAGAUGAUCACUGGAGAUGCGCUGGAGACGGCUCAGGCUAUCGGAAGAAGUAUCGGUCUGUCCAAUGGGCACCUCAAAGCCAUUUCGGGGGAGGAGUUGGAUGGAUUGGAUGAAGCGUCCUUGUCCUCUGUGGUCACCAAGGUCUCAGUCUUCUACCGCACCAGCCCAAAGCACAAACUGAAGAUCAUCAAGGCUCUGCAGCGCACAGGCGCCAUUGUCGGGAUGACGGGCGAUGGUGUAAAUGACGCGGUGGCUCUGAAGUCAGCUGACAUCGGUGUGGCGAUGGGGAAGACCGGAACAGAUGUUAGUAAAGAGGCCGCAGAUAUGAUCCUGGUUGACGACGAUUUCUCCACAAUUAUGAGUGCCAUAGAAGAAGGGAAAGGAAUAUUUCACAACAUCAAAAACUUUGUCCGUUUCCAGCUCAGCACGAGUAUCUCCGCACUCAGUCUGAUCACUUUAUCGACCAUCAUGAACCUGCCGAACCCCCUCAAUGCCAUGCAGAUCCUCUGGAUUAAUAUCAUUAUGGACGGACCGCCGGCACAGAGUUUGGGGGUGGAGCCAGUCGAUAAGGACGCCAUCAAGCUGCCUCCGCGGAACGCUAAGGAACCCAUUCUUAGCAAGACUUUACUGUUGAAGAUCCUGCUGUCGGCGGCCAUCAUCAUCAGCGGGACGCUCUUCGUCUUCUGGAAGGAGAUUCCAGAUGGGAAAGUCACGCCAAGGACAACCACCAUGACCUUCACCUGCUUCGUUUUCUUUGACAUGUUUAAUGCCUUGGGCUGCCGCUCUCUGCAUAAAUCGGUCUUUGAGAUUGGCUUCUUCAAAAAUCGGGUCUUCUGGUACUCGGUGAUCGGCUCCAUCCUGGGACAGAUGGCCGUCAUCUACAUCCCCCCUCUUCAGAAGGUUUUCCUGACACAGAACCUGCAUGCCCUGGAUCUCCUCUUCCUCACCGGCCUGGCAUCCUCUGUAUUCAUCGUGUCAGAACUGAUAAAGUUUUGUGAACAGUACUGCUGCAGGAAGAAGACAGUGAAAGUUUUGGAGGAGGACAUAUAAUUGGACUUGUCUGUAUUCUCAUCACCCUUUCCUUUCACCGCCACUGUGACCUUGUCCCCGCCCUCCCAAUCAUGUGAUCUCUGAUGUCACUCCCCCCCCCCACACACACACACACACUAUAACACGUAUUUAUGUAAAAGUCGACACUAUUGUGUUUUAUGGAAAAAAAGAAAACUUUGUCAUUUUUCAGGCAUGAGUACUGACAGAAGACUUGCAAAAAAACGUUUGUUCCCGAUCAACCGAUAAGACAAUGAGCCUUGCAUUCUUCUUCUUUUUUUUGUAUUUUACAAUUCAUUUUAAAAUAAAGACUAAUCAUUUAUUU